UCCGAGUACGCUCCUGACCAAGGAGGAGGCUGGUCAUAUAUCAGAGCAUUCUAUCGAUAUCUACAAUGCAGUCCGAGCACCCAGAGUACUAGUGCAGGCCCAACAGCACUUUGUCAUGAAACUGGAUAAGACUGAAAUCUGGAGAGCGCUGAGUUACAAGUGACCCAACAACUAAUUGUGAUAGAACAAGCCUGGGCUUGUAGUACAAAUUCAAGAGACGGGAAAAUACUCAAACUCAGGGCUGGGAAAGAGAGCUGACAUAAGUUAAUACUCUGCAAUAACUGAAUACUCAGCAGUAUGCAUACAGAGGUACAGGUUGCACUGAAGUUUGUCAUCUCCUUCCUUUACAACAAGCUUCCAAGGAGACGAGUAAAUUUAUUCGGAGAAGAACUUGAGAAUGCGCUUAAGGAGAAGUUUCAGGGUCACUGGUACCCAGACAAACCUUUUAAAGGAUCAGCUUACAGGUGCCUAAAAAUCACUGAUCCUGCUGAUCCUGUGCUUAAUAGAGCUGCAGCUGAAAGUGGAAAUCCUUUGAGUGACAUAAUUGAAAAUCUUCCUGCUGAUCUUGCUGUGUGGAUUGACCCUGGAGAAGUCAGCUACAGGAUGGGAGAGAAAGGUUCUGUAAAAAUCCUGUACAGUGAGAAGGAUAGCGCAUUGAACUUAGAAGAUAUAAAUCCAGAGGUCCGUAGCUUCCUGUCAUUUGAUACCCUUGCAGCAUCUCUGAAUGGCCUAAGUCUUUCACAAAGCAGUUAUGGAGGGUCUUCUCCACUCAGUGGGCCUGUUUCACCUCCGAUCAUUGCAACAUCAUCUCCACCAGUUGUAAACUAUCCCCAGAAUCCUUUCCAACCACGUCAACCGCCAGUUGUCUACACCGCUGCUUCUUUUGCUCAAACCAAAUUUGGGAGCACCAAGCUGAAGACAAACAGCAAGAAGCCUAAUAGAAUGUCCCCAACUGAGUUCUCCAACUACAUCAAACAACGAGCACUUCAGAAGUCUAUCCAACAGCAGCAGGUUCAAGGGCAAUAUGUAGCUCCGGGUCACCAGAGCCCUGCACCUCCUACUAAUGGUUUCCAGGAUAAAUUCUAUGGGCAGAAUGGGUUUUAUUCAGGAAGUAACUCAACAAACUCCAAUUUCAACUUUAACAAUUCCCCCAAGUCUUUGACUAGUCCAAGUGGAGGAAUCAAUUCUAAUGAUUUCAAUUUCGGGAUGGGAGGAUUAUACAACCAGAACCAGCUCUCUCCAACACCAGGUUCAAACAACUUGAACCCAUCUCCAACACCCGGUCUUAACUUGUCAGACUACUCUAACUUGUUCUCAGAUUGGGACAACGAGACAGAGACAAAUGCCUUCCUUCAGGAUAUCCUAUGCUCUACGGGCACUGUACAGAAGCCUGGUGGACAGCUCUCAGGGUUUGAAGAUUGGAUAUCCAGCUCUACACCCCUUGGAUUCAAUGCCAAUCAGGAUCAGGGCUUGGGACCAGAUUCAAGAUCUUCAUCCACAAAAAGUAUGGUGUCCGUUACUGACUCCCUGCCCACCCCGCCCUCCGCUAACGAGGGGUUCAGCCAGAGGGUCCUGGUCGCAAACUAGAGAAUCCGAUAGUCCAGGUUAAUCAGUCAACCUUCACUAAAGUAACAUUUGUGUAGUGGAACUUUCCUGUAGUCCAAUCCUUUCACCGCAAUUGGAUCAUGAUAUCUAGUGUCUGAAUGUCAGAAAAUAUUUAACAUGUUCUAUAAUAUUUGAGGCUGGCAGGAGAAGCUCUCCUUCAUUUGCCUUGAUUUCUCCGGGGCAAUCUCAUUUCUGUCCAGAAUGAUAUUUUAUAUUACUAAUCUAAAAAAUACUCUAGAUACUCUACACAUUUCUAGCUUUAUUUCACAUUUAAAAUCUAAGGAAAUAUGCAGAAAAGCACAUUAUAUAACUCACAUUUACAUAGAAACAGUUCAGUAGUCAAUCAAUAGAUUUAAAUUUUCAUAAGAUAACAUAAAAUUUAAAACUAGAACUAU